AUGUCGCUAUUCAUAACAGUAGCCACAUACACAUUAUUCUGCAUCUUACUGGGCAGCUCCAACUCGAAAUUUUCAGUCGCGCAUAACGUCGCAUCCACUUCUGAAAACCAUAAUGUAUUAUGGUUCAUGCAGAUUACUGACUUACAUUUCAGUAAGUUUGGCCACAUAGACAGAGAAGAGGACCUUCUUGAUUUACUUUCGACUUAUAUUCCUGUUAUUCGGCCAGAGUUAGUUCUUGCAUCUGGUGAUAUCACUGAUGCAAAAAAUCUAAUUUUGCCUGGGUCAUCUCAGCAUGCUGAAGAGUGGAAGAGUUACAGGUCGGUCCUUGAAAGGAGUGGAGUUUUGGAUAUAACUAAAUGGUUUGAUAUUCGCGGGAACCAUGAUGCUUUUAAUGUUCCUUCUUCGGGUCACUCUUACUUCAAUCAGUAUGGUGUCCGGGGUACACCACCGAAAAGAUCGUAUAUGUACAAAUUGUUGAAACCAUAUGGUCAGUAUUCAUUCGUCAGUAUUGAUAUGAGCUUUGAACCUGGAAUUAAGUGGCCGCUGAAUUUUUUCGGUUAUGUUAAUUUGGAUGUCAAAGAGCAAUUAUUGGAGUCAGUCGAUAAAGCAAAAGGCAGUAAUCAAACAUUUAUAUUUGGACAUUAUCCAACAUCUACAGUUGUAUCACAUGAUUUGGAUUUGCGUUCAUUCAUUGGGGCAAAUGCAUAUGCUUAUCUAUGUGGUCAUUUGCAUACGCUAUUUGGUAUGACAAAAAGAAUGUAUGUUUUACAACCUCAAGGUUAUUGGGAAUGGGAAUUGGGUGAUUGGCGAUCAAAUCGUUAUUUUCGCAUUGUAGCCAUAGACAAUGAUCUCGUGUCAUUUGUUGAUGUCAUUAAAUCACCAUCAAAUAGUAAAGCAACAGAAUGGCCAAUUAUAUUAAUUACAAAUCCUAAAGAUGCCCAAUUUCUACUGCUUACCAAAGAGCCUGUCGAUAGAAUUUUUUCGUCUAAAUACAUAAGGAUAUUAGUUUGGUCAAAAUGGCCUAUACUUUCAGUUUCUGUAGCAAUAGAUGGUGUUCAUCAAGGAUACGCUCACCUGGCGGCUGUCAAUGACAGUGUACAACAGCCGUUAUAUAUUCUUCCAUGGAAUCCUUCACAGUGGUCAUAUAAUUCACAUCCAUUGCAUUUGAUCGAAGUCACAGCUAAAGAUGCAAAUGGUAAUCAGCGUACAGUUGCACAAUCGUUUAGCUUUCAUGAUCCUGCAGAACUCACUACUGCUUUUCUGUCAAGAUAUUUUAUUUCAACUCAUCUGUCAGUAAAUGUAGCUGCACUAUACUAUACACUAUGGGUACUCAUAUGUAUUUUUGCGAUAGUACCUCGAUUUCUGCGUGGCCCACGUAUGUUGAUGUGUCUGUUUCGAACACGACUUGGUAAAGGCAUGUACAGAGUAUCCGCAUCGAAUCGUUUACUUUCAGCUAUAUUAAUAUAUAUGCUGUAUAAUAUUUCAUGUCCAAUGUUCAUGGGUUUUCUUGUGGCUGAUAAAUUUGGCUUUGUAUUUUCUUACGGUGUUUUCGUCGGUGGUGUUUAUCUUCCAGAAAAAUUGACUUACGUUUUUGCAUCAUGUCAGCUAAUUUUCUUCUUCUUGUUGCUGAUAUCAUUUUACAUGCACUGUGGUAUUCGACAAACCGACUCACUUGUUACACUGGACAAAGACUCUGUAACAGAAUAUUCCACCAGUAAAAAAUCUGCUCUACAUCGUCAUACUAAUCGAUUAUACAAUCAAAUAAAGAGUAAUUAUUCUCGUUGUAUAUCUGUUACAUUAAUUAUUUUUACAAUCUUUCAUCUAAUAUGCAACUUUUUAUUAGUUUGGUUACCAUAUGGUUUUUUAACAGUUUUAUUAAAUCCUGGUUGUAUCCUGCCUAUUGUUAUUGCAUGGUUCAUGUAUAUUUUCUGUCCACAACCUGAUCAUGUGAAAUAUUAUACACAGUGA